CAUAAAAUAAUAUUAAAUGUCUAUGGUUCCAGAAUUAAACGUCCACUUUCAGGUUUAAUACCAUUUUUUUUACAUACAAUAAUAUUUGUUAUUUGAAUUGUAAUGAAAUUUGAUAUUUGAAAAUGGCUGGAUAUGAUUUCAAGUCUGAAGAGGAUGUGAAAGAAUUUCUUAAAAAUCUUGGUAUUGAAUAUCGUUUUGGAUGCUAUAGUGAAAAAAACCCGGAAGUAUGCCAUUUGUUGGGAGAUUACUUGGAAUCAAUCAAAAAGGAUUACGAAAAAGCAGCCACAGUUUAUAAAAGUAAUUGUGAUGAUUACAAGUAUCCUAAGAGUUGUUUGAAAUUUGGAUCAUAUAUGUUACUGGGUAAAGGAGUGAGGCAAUCUGACUACAAAUGUGCAUAUGAUUAUUUUAACAAAGGUUGUGAAUUAGGGAAUGAUGCUUCAUGUUUACACCAAGGCUUACUGAGUAUUUGUGAUAACGAGGAUAAAAGAUUAGUGAGAGAUGUAGCUAAGGGCAUGUCACUAUUAGAGAAGUCUUGUAAUUUGAAUAAUGCAAACGCUUGUUAUUAUCUUUCUGGAAUGUACAUAUCUGGAAUUAAGAAAGAAGAGAAAGGAGAAAACUUGCCAGGUCUUGAAAGCUACCAGGUACCAAAGGAUAUGAAAAAGGCUUUCGAGUAUGCUCUACAAGGUUGUAAUUUAGGAAACGUUUAUAGCUGCGCUAACUUGAGCCAGAUGUACAGAAAAGGAGAUGGUGUGGAAAAGAAUGCAGAAUUAGCAGAAAAAUAUAAAGCUAUAGCACUAGAUAUACAGGAACAAAUUACUAGUAAUAAAACACUUUCUUUCCAAGAAGGGCUUCCAGCUACAUGAAGUGUUCUAAUUCAACUCAAUAGUCAUACCAAACAUGUUUAAGUAUUAUCAAUGCUUAUUAUAAAUAAAAAUGAUUUAUCUAUUGGAA